AUUAAUUAGUAUUGCUUGGCAUCUUCUUUAGCAUCAAUUGAUAGUUCGUUUCAGAUCGAUAGAAAAAAAGAAAAUUCCAAGCGAUACAAUUGUAUUUUUAUUGUUAUUUAUAUUAUCCGACUGGACGAAAUAAAAGAAAAUUUUAUAAAUUCAACCGUAACGAAAAUGGAUGACUUUGAGUCCGUUUAUUUACAAGAUGAGUUCAACAAUAGUGCAAGUACAAAGCGUCUAUGUCCGAUGGAUCGAUUGAAAAUUGGCGAGGUGUUUCAAGUUCGUCACAAUCAAUUUGUUUUUGUUUGCAUUCACUGUACACAAGAGUUUCAACAAUUCACACGAUUCACGGCUCACAUUCAAAAUCACUAUCACAAUGCAUUACAAUGGAUCGCACCACAAAGCGAAAUGAACGAUAUGCCCAUUGAUAUCCAGCCGUCAGCGACGGUAAAUAUGGAAAAUGUUGAAUGGCUAUUUAGUGAUUCGAGCAAUGAUUCGGUUGAAAAUGGUGAACAACCAUAUGUGGAUGUUGAAUGUAAAGUGAAUAUCCGUGAAGGAGUCAGUGAUAACACUGGUGGUGAUGGAGCAUGUGAAUAUGAAGACACCGAAAUGGGCAACGACGACACAUUCGAUAGUAAUGUUUCACUAGAGACGCGCUUCAAAUUGAAACAUCCAUUGAUUCGUGUUAAAGAUAUGACAGAAACAAGAGAAUUGUUACCAUAUUUCUCCAAAAAGUAUUCAUUCAAACGUAUCGAUGAACGUUUUCAAUGUCCACUUUGUGAUUAUUCGGCCUGCAGCAAAGCCAAUAUACGCGAGCACAUUUUUACGCAUUCCGAAGUGAAAAUGUUCUCGUGCAAAUUGUGUAACAAAGAUUUUAGCCGACCGCGAAACAUUAUUCUUCACAUUGAACAGAAGCACAGUGAUGUGGCCGUUUUGACACCUGAUCGUCAUCAAGCAAAACGUUUGAAAAUUGAGAAAAUUGAUGCCAUUGCCAAUGUUAACCAAACAAAUAAUUUUUCAAUAUCGCCCAAGUCAAAAUUCAAUUCAAAAAUACUCUAUAGCAAUGAGGUGAAUGGGGAUAAAACACGAUCGCAGUGUUAUAUUUGUAUGAAGACUUUCUCACGGCCAAAUGGCAUUAUUAAGCAUCUGAAGACUCACACCCAAGAGAGGAAUUAUACUUGUUUUCAAUGUGGUUCACAAUUUUCCAGGAGCGAUCAUCUUAAUCGGCACAUGCUCAUACACGAAGACCCCAAGUUUAAAUGUGACAUAUGUGACAUGGUAUUCCGCAGAAGUGAUAAACUGUUAUCACAUCGAAGAAAGCAUCCCGAAACAAUGAAUUAUACAUGCGAAAAUUGUGGUUUAGGUUUCAUGGAAUUGAAUUCGGUGAAGACGCAUGUCAAUUUUCAUUGCAAAGUACUUAAGCCACCGUUGAAUGCCACACAGAUGAACUUUGAUAGUCCACAAACAACCGAUUUGAAUAUUGAAACUCAUCCCGUCAAUUUUCAUUGCAAAGAUAUUAAAUCACCAUUGAAUACCACACAGAUGAACUUUGAAAGUUCACAAACAACCGAUUUGAAUAUUGAAACUCAUUCGGUCAGUGGGCCAAGUGCUAAUUCAGCCCAACUAUGAUUUUUUUAAAAAUCAUUUGUCUCUCGUAUACAUCAUUUGGAUCCAUUUUUUUUUUGUAUUUUUACCAAAAUAUUACCGAAUUUCCUACCAUUAAGUCUUCUUGUAUGUCCGAAUAAAAUAGGGUUUUGAAUAAAUUCAUAACAAAUGUA